AGGUACUAGUCGUCCCAUGUUUUCAUCGAUGGACAAGCCUAAGAUCGAAAUUCUCGAUCCCGAAGGUUUUGCGGCAGACCCCACAUGUUUAACACUAGCUCUUCGUGAAGAGGAUCAUACUAUUGGUAACUCUCUGAAACAUAUACUCUGUCGAAUGAAAAAUGUUGAAUUUUGUGGAUAUAAUGUACCACAUCCGCUUGAGGACAAGAUUUUACUGCGGUUACAAACCAGGGAAGGUGUUCCUGCUGGACCUGUUCUAUUAGAAGCCCUGACGCAUUUGGAAACGGUAUUCGCUACAAUACGCGAGAAGUUUGAGACGAGCUACCAAAACUAUACGGAAAAGAGUAAGAGUUGAUACGAUAGUUGUUGUUUUUGUUGAUUUUGUCUGUUGUUCAUUGUUAUCUUCGAAUAGCUCUGGUUCUCUGUCAUGUAUAAAGUUUAAUCACUGGC